AUGGCCGUGCCUCAAAGGACACUGACCUGGCUUUACAGUGUCCUCACCAAGGAUCACUACGAUCCCAAACAGACAUACCACGACCCAAAUCGGACCUACCACGAUGUUGCUAACGCGCUGGCCCAAUACCCCUCGCUCUCCCCUCGGACAGAUGUAUACACCUACGAGACGGGCUUCUCGGCCCUCCUCCUCCACCUGGUGGGCACAUUGCCUGUCAACUUCCGAGGGACAACAUACCGGUUCCCCAUUGCGCUUUGGAUCCCAAAUACAUACCCGCGAGAGCCCCCAAUCGCCUAUGUAACUCCGACGCAAGAGAUGACUGUCCGAGUCGGGCAGCAUGUAACGCUGGAAGGCCAGGUGUACCAUCAUUAUUUGGCGCACUGGGCUGAAGCCUGGGAUCGAUCUACCAUUGCGGAUCUUCUAUCAAUUUUACAAGAUAUAUUUGCCAAGGAACCACCUGUGCGAUACCGGCAGCAAGUGCCUCAACCCCAGUCUCAACCGGAGCAUGCUCCAACACCGCCGCCAUUGCCUCCUCUUCCACCCGGCGUAGGAUCUUCACAGACACAGACCCCAAUACCUACACAAAUCGCGAGUCAAGCUCCGCCUCCGCCUCCACCAAAGCCAGGCGCGAAUGAGAACCGCCAACCAUUGCCUGUCGAUCGAUCUUCCUUGCCUCCACUCCCACCCAAAGAGCGAGGCCUUCGCCAGACAUCAAUUCCAGGUGCAUCUUCACCAAUAGGACCCCCUGGUGUAAGAUCACCCCAGUACCAUGCACCUCCAGGCCAUGCUGGAGGGCCAAUAGGCAGUCCACUGUCCCAGCCACCGACUCAACAAGCAACAUCGCCUCAGGGCCCAUACUAUAGAAAUGGAGCCCCAAUUCCUCCACAACCGCAAUUCACUCAACCACAGCCGGCUCCCUUGCCAACUCACCAUCAGAACCAACAUCCCCCCUACCCAGCCAACCACCCGCGUCCUCCCCCCGCAGCACCCAAGGCCGAAACACCUGACCUUCUCACCUCCCCAUUCGAAGUGGAACUACCCGCAAUCUCCGGCCCUGCCCCUCCAAUCCCACCAAACCCAGAGAAAGACACCCUCCUUCGAGCCGUCUCCCACUCUCUAGCAGAAACACUGCAACUCAAGGCCGCGCAAUCCGACACAGCAUCGCAGUCGCUGGUAUCUCAGUCCCAAUCCCUCCACUCAGCCCUGGCAACUCUCCAAGGCGAGAUCUCAGCGCUCAACUCCUUGCACGCAACCCUCCACUCCAACACGGCCGUUCUGCAGCAAUCUAUCCAGCGCGCAGAUGCUACCAUCGCCGAUGCACCCCCAGACCUACCGCCCAUUGACGAUGUCCUUGUCGCGCCCACCAUCGUAGGUAAGCAGUUAUAUGACCUUGUCGCUGAGGAGCAGGGGAUUCAGCAGGCUCUUUAUGCGCUGCAGGCUGCGCUGGUGAAGGGUGUUAUUGGUGUGGAUUCUUGGUCCAAGCACACACGUAGUCUUGCGAGAGAGGCACUGCUGAAGAGGGCUUUGAUUCGGAAGAUUGGGCGUGGAAUGGGCCUGGAGGAGAGUUUGUAG